AGUUACGUGUCAGAAAUGGUUGUGAGUUGUUCUGCAGGUUCUGAAGCAUGAUGGAAUUUUAGGGGUGGGGAUCGUUUCAGUAAAUACAGUUGCCACUGUGAUUCCUACAGCAGGCUCAUGUUGUCUUUCUAUUUGUGGUAUUUUGGAGACACAGUCAGCAUGAACAGGAAAUCAGCCAUAGAAGGAUGGGAGACUUUCUCUUAGUUCUUCUGCAGCAAUGCUAGCUGGAAACAUGGAGGGGAAGGAGGAAGAACUUUAAAAAGGUCACUAAAAUCAGGCAGCUAUGGCUGAGGAGUUUGUCACCCUCAAAGAUGUAGCAAUGGACUUCACUUUGGAAGACUGGGAAGAGCUGGAGCUAGAGCUGGGCCAGGAAGACCUGUUCUGGGAUGUAACCCCGAACACCUGCCAGGACCUUCUCCUGUUCACAGACCCCCCACGACCCAGCCUGGUUUCCCAACCAGAUGUCAGGGAAGAGCUGGAAGCGAUAGUCAGAGGAGGCCCAGAAGCCAGCAGUACUGAAGAGACCAAGAACUCUCCUUUGCAACAGAGCUUCUCAGAAGACGCCCUAUCCCAGAUUAUGGAGACAUUUUCCAAGGAGGAACUCAAAAUUGAAGGCUAUAUAGCCUAUUAAACAUCAGAAAACUACAAAUUCUAAGUCCUACAGAUGUAAGAAAUGUGGGAAGACAUUCAGCCAGGCCUUUCAUCUAGCUGGACACCAGAAAGUCCAUACUCAGAAACUCUACGAAUGUGCUGCAUGCCCUGAAAUCUUCAACUUACGGAAACAUUUCUUGCAGCAUCAAAAAACUCACUUUGUGAAAACUGUCUUUGAAUGUCAAGAAUGUAGAAAGAUCUUUAGUCAGAGGUCAUUGCUUAUUGAGCACCAGGCUGUUCAUACAGGAGAGAAGCCACACAAGUGUAAUGAAUGUGGUAAAGCUUUCAACCAUUCCUCCUCCCUGAAGACCCACCAAAGGGUUCACAGUGGAGAGAAGCCUUACAAAUGCAGUGAGUGUGGGAAAGCCUUCUGUCGGAGCACACACCUUAGUGAGCACCAGCGAAUCCACUCAGGCUACAGGCCCUACCAGUGUCCAGCUUGUGUCAGGAGGUUUAGCCGCCCCUCUCACUUGAUUCGACAUCAGCUGAGCCAUGCCACAGAGAAGCUCUUUGACUGUGCUGAAUGCAAGGAGACCUUCAGCCAUGAAGAACAGCUACUGCAGCACCAUAAGGCCCACAGCGUCGAGACCCGGUAUGAAUGCAAGCAGUGUGGGGAGCGCUUCAUUUGCAGCUCAACUCUGAAGUGCCACCGGAGCACUCACACCAGAGGAAACAUAACUGAGAAAGAUUUGAGUUGGAACUCAAGGCACACUGAGAAAUGCUUUAAGUGUGACAAGUGUGGAAAAGCCUUC